ACAAAUCCAUUAUGUAAUCGUACAGUAUGUUUAUAUGGUUAUGUACGGGGAUGUCCAAUUAAAUCUGAUACACCUAUACAUAUUCCAGGCAAAAUUAAUAAUUUAGGUUGUGGAGAUUAUAAAUUAACGAAUAUAUCAGCAUUACCAGAUCCAUGUGGAUUACCGGGUGAUCGUUCAACAAAAACAAAACAAGCUCGACGUGUUUUAAAUGAAAAAGAAAGACUUUUAUAUGCACCUUUUUCAGGUGUUGGAGGAAUUGUUUAUGAUAAAGAUGCGAUUUAUAUUGAAUUAGGUGGCUCACAUUCACAUCGUCCAUCAAAUACUAAUGAAAAAACAAGACCAAUCAAUGAAUAUGUAGCUAAUAUAUUAUCAACAAAACAGACUAUUGAAGAAAAAGUAGCAUCAAGUCAGUUGAAAUUAUUUGCUGAUAGUGAACCAGUCAUAGCUGAAGAUGUACAAGAAACAGAAAGAAGAAGAAUGAAAUUUGAAACAGAAGAUGAUGAUGAAAAUGCUUCUGAAGACGACGAAGAACCAGAAAACGAUGAUGAUGAUGAACAAGAGGACGAUGAUGAAGAACGAGAGGAAGAUGAUGAAGAACAAGAGGAAGAUGAUGAUGAUGAACAAGAACAAGAUAACGAUGAUGAAGAAGAAGAAGAACAAGAAAAUGAUGAUGAAGAAGAACAAAAGGAAUUUGGUAAUUCCUGGAAGGAAAAUAUAUCAAAAAAAUUUGCUAUUAGUUAUGUUCCUAAUAAAGCAAUCAAUUGGACAAGACUUGUUUAUGAAAAAGGAAAUGAAGAUGUAUUAUCAGAAGAAGCCGAUUCAAAAAAUAAUAAUAAAGAAGUUGGAGGAUUGUUUAGUAUAUCAAAACGAAAGACAAUAAAUGUAAAUGAUCAAGAAGAUUAUACAUUAAUGAAACAAAAUGAUAAACAUAAUUGGAAUAUUGAUAAUAUCUCUGAAUUAAUUCGUGAUUGUUUUGUAACAGGAAAAUGGGAGAAAGAAAAAGAUGCUGCAAAUUUACUUGCAGAAGAUGAUGAAAUGGAUGAUGAUGAAGAUGUAUUUGGUGAUUUUGAAGAUUUAGAAACAGGUGAAAAAGGUACAAGUGAAAAUAAUAAAAUGGAUUAUGAUGAUGAUGAUGAAGAUGAAGAAAAAGAUCCUGAAGACGCUAAACUUCAAAAUAAAAAAGCGAAAUUAAAAUCCCAAUUUGAUACUGAAUAUGAUCAAUCAAAAGAACCUGAUUCAAAAUAUUUAGAUGAACUUCGAAAAGAAGUUGAUAUUCAAACAAAAUUAAAUCGAUCAGAAUUUGAAAAUAUGCCUGAUGAUGAGCGUGUUCAAUAUGAAGGUUAUCGUCCUGGAAUGUAUGUUCGAUGUGAAUUAACACAAAUUCCAUGUGAAUUUGUUAAUACUUUUGAUCCACGUUAUAUAGUCAUUCUUGGUGGAAUGCCUGUUACUGAAUCUCAUACAGGAUAUGUUCAAGUUCGUAUGAAAAAACAUCGAUGGCAUAAGAAAAUUUUAAAAUGCAAAGAUCCAUUAAUUAUUUCACUUGGUUGGAGACGUUUUCAAACAAUUCCAUAUUAUUUUAUGCAAGAUCAUAAUAUGAGACAUCGACUUUUGAAAUAUACACCACAACAUAUGUAUUGUCAUGCUAUUUUUUAUGGACCACUUACACCACAAAAUACUGGUUUUGUUGCUGUUCAACAAAUAGCUGGACGAACGGAUUUUCGAGUAACAGCAACUGGUGUUGUUAUUGAUUUAGAUAAAUCAACAAAGAUUGUAAAGAAAAUCAAAUUAAUUGGUACACCAUAUAAAAUUUUCAAAAAAACCGCAUUUAUCAAGGGUAUGUUUAAUACUCCAUUGGAAGUAGCGAAAUUUCAAGGUGCAUCUAUUCGAGCUGUAAGUGGAGUACGUGGACAAAUAAAAAAAGUUGUUAAAGAACAUCCCGGUGCAUUUCGUGCUACAUUUGAAGAUAAAAUUCUUCUCAGUGAUAUUAUUUUUCUUCGAGCUUGGUUUCCAUUACAAGUACCAAAAUUUUAUACUCCUGUAACGAAUUUACUAAUGCCUAUGGAACAAAAAGAUCAAUGGCAAGGAAUUCGAUCUGUUGGUCAACUUAAACGUGAUAAGAAUAUUCGUAAUGAACCGAAUGUUGAUUCUCUUUAUAAACCAAUUGAAAGAAGAGAACGUGUAUUUCGUCCAUUAGUAAUUCCAACACAAUUACAACGUGAUUUACCAUUUCAUCUUAAACCAAAAUCAAGUGAAACAACAACAAUGAGAGAUCCAAUUACAGAAAAACAACGUGUUGCUGUUGUUCUUGAACCAGAAGAGAAAAAGAUGACUGAUAUUAUGAAAAUGUUUACAACAGUCUAUAAAGAUCGUUUGAAAACAAAACAAAAAACUCAAGAAAAUCGCAAUGCUCAAUAUAAGAAACAACAAAAAAUACAGGAAAUAAAACAUCUACAAAAACAUAAACAAUUGAAAAGAGUUGUUUAUAAAAAACUUGGUCAAAUGGAAGGAAAGAAAACGAAUAGAAAUUCUCGUUCAAAAAAGAACGAUAAUGUUGAUGAAUAG